UUGCCAACACUACUUUUGUACGCGCGGCGUUGGAUGCACGCAUUGACUACCCGCGCGAGGAAUCGAAUACCGGUCACCGCCCGCUACCAAUAAAUAAAUAAAAACUUUAUUAAUAAUAAUAAAUAAAAAAAACUUUAUAAAUAAAAUGCUCAGUGUAUUGUGAACUUGUGUGAUUGUGAAUACGUGGAUUAAACAUUUGCAAAAAUGUCCUCAUCGGUGAUGGCCCGUCACUGCCUUUUGUCCCGGCCGACGCGUCGGCAGCUGUCGACGUCGGCGUCCCGGCGCACGUCCACCUCGCCGCAGAGACGCAACGUGGCGGCGCCGGCACUCAGCGCCAGCUACAAGAGAUUCACCGACAUCCCCGGCCCCAUCGCCCUGCCCAUGAUGAGACACCAUGCUCACGUUCUACCCAGAAUAGGUUGUUUCCACCACACCGUCGGCCUGGGUCUUCUGGAAGGACUGCGCGAACGAUACGGCGACCUGGUGCGACUCGCCAAAGCAUCCAGGUCACGACCAGCGCUAUACGUCUUCGAUCCUGAGCUUAUGAGAGAGGUAUACGUGAGCAAUGUCACCGAAUCUCCGCAGUGGGCGGGGUCGCCCUUGGCCGAACAGAGGCAGAACGCAGACACGCAGUGCCCAAUGCACAAAGAUGAGAUCAAGGCCAUUUGGCCGGCUCUGAGGACUCUGCUCCAAGAUGGCGCCCUGCUCAGGAAUUACGACCAAGCGUUUGACGAUAUUGCCGCUGACGUCACACGGAGGUUAGCCGAACUACGGCACGCAGAGAAUGCUCUCAACGAAGAAAUAGAGACGGAGGUGUACAGAUGGGCGAUAGAGGCGAUCGGCGUCAUGAUAUACGGAAUCCGCCUUGGCUGCCUCGAGGGCGGCGCCCAUGUUCCUACGCCAGACAAUAGGAAACCAGAGAAAACUUCAAUGGACGAUGACAUUCAAGAUUUGUGCUCACUUUCAAAACGGUGUCUUGAAGGAUUAACUCCAGCUGAAAAGUUGGUUCGAUGCUCGCUGGAUAUUGGGAAAGAGAGCUAUUUAGUGAGAAGUGAACACACUUUGAAGCCCGAAUCGUGCUCCUUCAAUGAUGCUUUGAAAGCUUUUGACAAUCAUUUUAGUUUAAACGACCAUUUCCUCACGAAAGCGCUGAAGGAACUCAACAACGGACAACUGAGACCAGAACAAAUCUUAUUGGACAAACUGAAGCCGCUGGAGAGGCGGAUGCUGCCUUUGGCUGCAGACGUGUUCUUAGCUGGAGUAGAUCCUCUCGCACAGACUGCAAUCAGCAUGUUCUACCAACUAUCUCUAAACGCGGCUAGGCAGCAGAAGGCUCACGACGAAGUCAUCUGGGCGAAGGCGUCUAGGGAGGAGGGCAUUGAUGUCCAGGAGCUGCCCUUCAUAUCGGCGUGCGCCAGGGAGGCGCUGCGACUGUACCCGGCCACAGGAGGAGUUGUGAGGAGGAGUAGGGAGGAACUGGUGGUCGGAGGAUAUGAAGUUCCUGCUGGGGUUGACAUAAUCCUCGCGCAUGGUGUUUCAAGCAAGGUGGAGAAAGAAUGGGGUCGCGCCAACUCCUUUAUACCAGAACGGUGGUGCAACGAAGGCUGGGGGCCCUUGAAUGCAUCUAGAGCCCAUCCAUUCUCGUCAAUGCCGUUUGGGCAAUCUUGCCCGGCAACUGGUAUAGUCGGCAAGUUGCUGUCAAGUCUCGCAACUCGAGUAUUAGAUAAGUAUAGGUUAGAAUGGCACGGGCCUUUGCCUAACAUGGUGACCAAUGGAGUGAAUAAAAUUCAAUCGCCCUACUAUUUUGUGUUGCAGAAUGCUGGUUAAUUAUUUGUACUACUUAGAUACUUACUAAAACAUUAUCUUCUCCCACAUUCCCAAUAUACUUUAUAAAACGAACUUUAUACUUGUAGAUCACACCUAGAAAUAUAUCUUCAAUGUUUAAAUAAAGAUGCUAUAUAAAUGGGGGGGAGCGAUUUUCGACGCGCACGACUUCAUACCCGCGCAGUCCUUCCCAUAGUUAGUGGCAUAUUCCUAAAGUCACGUCUGUAAUUUGUCUUUACUUAACACUUCAAGAAUUUUGCCGUAGCAAACAAAGUAUGGCUGGUUUUGUAGGUAUUCGUAAACGGAAUAAGUAUUUCUAUUUUAGUAACUGAGGUAGGUACCUACCAAGGCACCGUAAAUAUACCGUAAACUAUUCUGAUGAAACUGCCUAAAUACUGUAGUGCAUCGGGUAUGUUUGCCGACGCCAAAGUACAGGGUUGUUUCGCGAUCAUCAGAUCGCGAACUGCGGCUUUUUGGUUCCGUCUCCGGAAUUCUCGAAAUGAAAUCCUCGGCGUAUGCUCCGAGUGCCCUGAAAACCCUAUCCUAAAGUAUUGGCUUACCGUGCAUCGCGACUGAAACAGGAAAUAAAAAAUGAUUGCUCUCCUAGAGAAAUGUCGUAACGUACCAAAUAGUUUAAUAUUUAUAUUAUUCGGUUCUUUACUGUAAACUUAUUACUUAAUUAAUUAAUUACUUUUAUUUAUUUGUAUUUGUAUAUUUUAAAUGGGUUCUUAGCCUGAAAUAAAGACAUAUUAUUAUUAUUAUACAUGUCCAUUAAGAUUUGUUCAGUGAUUCUUGCAUUGUAUAUUACAUAGAAAGACCAGCAUCUCGAAAGAAAUAAAUUUUAUAAGACUUGAAAACACGUUCACGGCAAUGUGAAAUGACUCUCAGUGAGAUUAGUUAUCAAGAGCAGCUAUCAGAACAAUGUCACCCUUGUAACUGAAACUACACUAGUUUUAGACGUUUUCGUUAUUAAGCCUCAUCAAAGUUACUACAUUCCAUAGAUGUGUGUACCUACAACUCGAAAAAACGGACUCCUUAUGUGACCGUAUUCGCUAAAAAAAAAAUAAAAAUAAAAUAAAAAAAAAAAAAAAAAAAAA